AAUCCCAAAAACCGAGUCAAAGAGUUGGCCACAACAAAAUCGAAACAGAGAGAGCCCAGUUCAGAGUCCUCUCUCUCUCUCACAACGGGAUUUUCUCUUUCUAGAAAUAUUUUUGCAACUUCCGUAGUGGAACAAGAAGGACGAUACAUAAAAUCGUUGAAUACAGCUUCAAAUUCAAUCCUGAAGUGAGCUCUGCAAUGCACCGAGUGGGUAGUGCGGGGAAUACAUCCAAUUCUUCUCGCCCUCGCAAAGAGAAAAGGUUGACAUAUGUUUUGAGUGAUGCCAAUGAUAGUAAGCAUUCUGCCGGUAUAAAUUGCUUGGCUGUGCCAAAGUCUUCUAUUGAUGGCUACAAUUACCUUUUUACUGGGAGCCGUGAUGGUACUCUGAAAAGAUGGUCACUAGAUGAAGAUGCAGCUUCCUGCUCUGCUACCUUUGAGUCUCACGUGGACUGGGUUAAUGAUGCGGUCCUUGUAGGCAAUAAUAGGCUUAUUUCUUGUUCUUCAGAUGGCACUGUGAAGACAUGGAACUGCUUAACUGAUGGGGGUUGCACUAAGACUCUGCGUCAGCAUUCUGACUAUGUGACUUGUCUUGCUGCAGCAGAAAAAAAUAGCAAUGUUGUUGCAUCUGGAGGUCUUGGUGGGGAGGUUUUCAUAUGGGAUCUGGAGGCUGCAUAUGCACCAAGUUCAAAGUUGAGCGAUGCAACCGGCGAUGAGUGUUCAAAUGGUAUCAUUGCUUCAGGAAAUUCACUUCCAGUUACAAGUUUACAUGCUAUCAGCUCCAGUAACAACAUUUCUACACACUCAAACCAUUCUCAUGGUUAUGUUCCAAUUGCUGCAAAAGGCCAUAAGGAAUCAGUUUAUGCAUUAGCAAUGAAUGAUAGUGGGACGCUUCUUGUUUCUGGCGGAACUGAAAAGGUUGUUCGUGUUUGGGACCCAAGAACUGGUUCAAAGACCAUGAAGUUAAGAGGACAUACAGAUAAUAUUAGGGCUCUGCUUUUGGACUCGACUGGCAGGUUCUGCCUAUCCGGAUCUUCUGAUUCCAUGAUCAGACUGUGGGAUCUUGGUCAACAACGAUGUGUGCAUUCCUAUGCAGUACAUACUGAUUCUGUUUGGGCACUAGCAAGUACGCCAUCAUUUAGUUAUGUUUACAGUGGUGGUAGAGAUCUCUCGCUGUAUGUAACAGACUUGUCGACAAGAGAGAGUCUUUUGCUUUGUACAGGGGAGUAUCCCAUUCAACAAUUAGCAAUACAUGAUGAGAAUAUAUGGGUCGCGACUACAGAUUCUUCAGUUCAUAGAUGGCCUGCUGAAGGGCGUAACCCUCAUAAGGCUUUCGAAAGAGGUGGUUCAUUUGUAGCUGGAAAUCUGUCAUUUUCUAGGGCAAGGGCUUCCUUAGAAGGAUCUACUCCUGUUCCCGUGUAUAAAGAACCAACAUUUACUAUUUCUGGAGCUCCAGCCAUUGUGCAGCAUGAAAUUUUAAAUAAUAGGAGACAUAUCCUGACAAAGGAUGCUGCAGGUUCUGUGAAGCUAUGGGAAGUUACCAGGGGCAUUGUAAUUGAGGAUUAUGGAAAGGUCUCAUAUGAAGAGAAAAAGGAAGAGUUAUUUGAGAUGGUCAGCAUUCCUGCAUGGUUUACUGUGGAUACCAGGCUUGGGAGUUUGUCAGUUCAUCUGGACACUCCCCAGUGCUUUUCUGCAGAGAUGUAUUCAGCAGACCUUAAUAUUACAGGAAAACCGGAGGACGAUAAGGUUAAUCUAGCUCGAGAAACCCUUAAAGGACUUAUGGCUCAUUGGUUAGCCAAAAGAAAACAAAGAUUUGGAUCACAAGCUUCAGCUAAUGGAGAAGUUCUUUCCAGCAAGGAUAUUAGUGCAAGAAGUCUUUCCCAUUCAAGGCUUGAAGCAGUUGAUGGCAAUGCUGAAAAUGAUUCCAUGGUCUAUUCUCCAUUUGAAUUUUCAACAGUUUCUCCUCCUUCAAUCAUUACUGAGGGUUCUCAAGGUGGUCCUUGGAGAAGAAAUAUUACUGAAUUUGAUGGAACAGAAGAUGAAAAAGAUUUUCCAUGGUGGUGUUUGGACUGCGUGUUGAACAAUCGUCUCCCUCCAAGAGAAAAUACAAAGUGUAGCUUUUAUCUUCAUCCUUGUGAAGGCUCAUCCAUUCAGAUCCUAACACAAGGAAAACUAAGUGCUCCUCGUAUCUUGAGAGUGAAUAAGGUUGUAAAUUAUGUCGUAGAGAAGAUGGUUCUUGACAAGCCAUUGGAUAAUGUAAAUCCGGACAUUUCUUUUGGUCCUGGACUCUCUUCAACCGUUGGAGACGGAUCGUUUCGGUCUGGAUUAAAGCCUUGGCAAAAGCUUAAACCUUCUAUAGAAAUCUUAUGCAAUAAUCAGGUCUUGUCCCCUGAUAUGAGUUUAGCUACAGUUAGGAAUUACAUCUGGAAGAAGCCCGAGGACUUGGUCCUCAAUUACAGAAUGCUUCAAGGGAGAUGAUCGCAUGCAUCAGGUGAGUUUCUUUUGCUGAGGAAACUGGGAAUGUUGUUUCUUCUUGGGAGUGCUUGAAACCAUUUUAUCCAGGCAUUACAUUGCAAAUCUGAAUGAACAUCAUCAACCCAUUUCACUAUUCCGUGUUGCUACCUACUCGAACUUACCGAGAAUUUUCUGGCUAUCAUUUUGAAGAUGAAACGGCAGGCGCUAUAGAUUUUUCGAUCGUCGUCUUUGGCCUGCAAGGUGUAGCUUUUGUAAGAUACUGCAAUAGAGGAGGAGGAGGAGUCAGUGUUGAGCAAGGCUUGGUUGGAGAUUUGAAUGGUGUGGAAAGCUAUGUAGAUUUGAAUGGUGGCUGCUGCUUGCUUACAUACUUCAGUCUUAGAAAACCAAGUCGUGAAAGGUUCUUUUUUGUUUUUAUUUAUUUAUUCUUAAAUAAAGGCCUCUCUUUGUGCUCUACCGUUGAAUGCAGAGCUCUCUUAUUUUCAUUUCAAAUUUUGCGCCCUAUUCUGACCUGACUAACUCUGUACCCUUUUGGAUGAAAUGUCAAAUAAUGGAAACAUUGUUGGAGACUGA